AUGAUUAUUUUGAUCUUCAUCACUACCUUAUUAACUUUUCUGAUAGUCAGACAAAACCAACUAUCCAAAAAACUCCCACCGGGUCCCAUAGCUUUUCCCAUAAUCGGAAAUAUUCCUCAAGUGGCUUAUUAUGUCUGGAAGACGGAGGGAAUGGUGCCAGCACUUGAUUUAUUUAGAAAGACUUAUGGAAAUGUAUUUACAAUUUGGCUCGGCCCAAUCCCUCAUGUGAGCAUUUGUGAUUAUGAAACGUCGCAAGAAGUUUUUGUGAAAAAUGGAAACAAGUUCAAAGACCGCCUUUUGCCGCCAAUUUUUAUUCAUGUCAGUGAAAAUCUAGGAUUGCUCACUGCAAAUGGAGAUUCGUGGGCAGAAAUGAGAGGGUUCACAUUAUUGGCGUUCAGAAAUAUGGGUGUUGGUAAGGAUUUGAUGGAGAAGAGAAUUUUGGAUGAGCUGAAUGCAAGAUGUGCUGAAAUUGAUGCGGAUGCUGUAAAUGGAAAGACAAUUGUAAAGAUUUCUGAUUUCUUUGACCUAACUGUUGGCAGUGUUAUCAAUAGCACCUUGGUUGGAAAACGAUUUGAAGCACAUAACAAGGACGAAUUUCUCCAUCUCAAAAAAAUAAUUCAUGUCUCAUCUGAUAUUUUUACAACAUUUGAUAUGACAGUGCCAGUUUGGGUGUUGAAGACGUUCUUCCCGGGACGGUUUGCUAGAAGUGUGGAAAUUCAAGAGGAGGUUCUUAAGUAUGUAUCUCGCGAAGCUUCAAAACGCUAUGACAAGAUGAAACUAGGAGAAUACACUCCUAGUUCAGAAGAUCCCCAGGAUUUUGUUGAAGCUUUCCUGGCAAAGAUAGAUCAGGAAGAACAAACUGGAGGUCCUACACACUUUACGAUGAGGUGUUUGAAUCAGGUUAUUGCGGAUCUUUGGCUAGCUGGACAGGAUACUACCGCGACAACUUUGGUCUCUGGUUUCAAUCAACUUGUUAACAAUCCGGAGGUUAUGCGCAAGUGUCGUGAGGAGAUUAUGAAGAUUACAGAAAACGGUUAUCGUCCACUUCAGUUGAAAGACAGAGCUGAAACUCAUUACCUAAAUGCAACGAUUGCUGAAAUUCAACGUCACGCUUCAAUUUUGAAUGUCAACUUUUGGAGGCUUGUUCAUGAGCCGACAAUUGUGAAUGGUUAUGAAAUUGACGCCGGAGCAGUUAUCACCUCCCAACUUGGAGCUCUCCAUGUAAAUAACGAUAUCUUCAAGGAUCCCUCCAAGUUCUAUCCGGAGAGAUUUAUUGAAAACGGGAAACUUCUUAAUCAAAUAAUCCCAUUUGGAAUUGGAAAACGAUCAUGCGUCGGUGAGAAUAUCGCCAGAUCUGAAUUGUAUUUAAUGAUUGGAAACUUAUUGCUCCGAUAUGACAUCAAACCCCAUGGCUCGUUACCUUCCUUAGAUGACAAGCUGCCUUAUAGUGUCGGAAAAAUGCCCGAUAAAACUGUUGAAUUAGAGUUUGUUAAGUUGUAA